GCCGCUCUUUGUUUAUGUUGUAAUGUACAUAUAUUUUUUUUCCUGAAGGUAUUAUAAUAGCCGGUCUCCGUGCUGAUUGGGCGCUCAGGUUGGUGAGUGAACGCCCUGCAGAUUAUGUCAGAUUGCGUGCAGAAACCAAACCAGCCCAGCCUUUGAACUUCACCGCUUUUGGCUCGUAUUCACGCUCUUCCGCUCAUUUCCAAGCCAGGUGCUUGACGACAAACCUCAGAGAGAGAGAGAGGGAGAGAGAGUGUGUGUGUGUGACAGAAAAAAAUAACACUGAACACUUUUACGACUCCUGCAAACUGACUGCGGAACAUUGCUUUCACCUUUGUGGAUUUUGUUACGUGUGUGCAUCUUGCAUGUAUUCUUUUCCUGUGUUGCCUACCGCAGGUCUGACAGAGAGUUGUAACUGGACUUAAACCAACGCGCAUCAGUGUUUUAACUCGGGAAGAGCAAACCGGCCGCUGGAUUUUUAUUUUCUUUUAUUUUAAUUUUUGCUGUUUUCCAGACUCAGACCAUCCCAGACGUGGCAUGACUGGUAUCUGGCAUCUAGACAGGUGAAUAGUUUCCCUUCCUUCCGAUAAGAACUUUUCCUCGUCGUUAACAUUGGGGGAUAAAAGUACACUUUCUAAAGAUGUCAAAGCCUGCUGAUCAUAUCAAGAGACCCAUGAACGCGUUCAUGGUUUGGUCCCGGGGCCAGAGGAGGAAAAUGGCACAGGAGAAUCCCAAAAUGCACAAUUCGGAGAUCAGCAAAAGACUGGGCGCCGAGUGGAAGCUGCUCUCAGAGUCUGAGAAGAGACCUUACAUCGACGAGGCCAAGAGGCUGCGGGCUCAGCACAUGAAGGAGCACCCCGAUUACAAGUACAGACCCAGGCGCAAACCCAAAAACCUGCUCAAGAAGGACAGGUACGUUUUCCCUUUGCCUUACCUCGGGGACACCGAUCACUUGAAGGGACUUCCCGUGUCCGCCGCGGACUCUCUUUUGGGCUCCUCGGAGAAAGCCAGAGCGUUUCUGCCGCCGACGUCCGCUCCCUACUCCUUCCUCGACCCGAGUCAGUUCAGCUCCAGCGCCAUCCAGAAGAUGACAGAGAUGCCCCACACGUUGAGCACCAGCACUUUGCCGUACGCGUCCUCGUUGGGAUACCAGAAUGGCGCGUUCGGCACCCUUGGGUGCCCCAGUCAGCACACCCACACCCACCCGUCGCCCACAAACCCGGGCUAUGUCGUCCCGUGUAACUGCACAGCCUGGUCAGCGUCAAGUUUACAGCCCCCGGUGGCCUACAUACUUUUUCCAGGUAUGACCAAGACUGGGAUAGACCCAUAUUCAUCCGCACAUGCCACUGCCAUGUAACCCUCAAGACUCUUUUUCCUCUUUUUAAUUCACUUGAAUACUGAAAUGCAUGUAAAUAUAUUAUGGACAGCGCGCCCCAUUAAAAGGCAUGAACAGUAUUAAUUGCCUUGGACUUGUUAUGGCAAAAAAAGAAAAGAAAAAAGGAAAAAAAAAAUCACAAACUUUUCCAGAAAUCCAACAAGUUCCUGACCUGAGCAGAGAAGCUGGAAUUUGGUGUAAAGGACGGUGCCCUGUGAACUGUAAGAAAUGUAAAUGUUAUAACGUUUAUGGCAACCAGAAAAGGAGGCCUUUAACUUUAUUUAUUGUGUACAUUUCAAUGCUGAUAUGCUGAUUUGUGUUGAUUAUUGAUAGGCUACUCUUUUAUUUUGAAAAAUUUGGCUUGCACAAUUAGCGUUCUUAUUUCCUGUAUAGGCCUAAGUAGUCUGGCACUGGUAAUUUUAUGAUGUUCUGGAUAGGGUCAAAAUCAGGACCUAUAUAGGCUGGAUUAUAUACGGGUUAUAUUGUUUAUAUUUAUCAAAAAACUGGCACAUAAAACUAGACGGUCUAUUUAAGAUGACAAAAGAAAAAAAAUUCUUUACAUCCAAAUGUUUCAUUUUGCAUUUUCCUGUGGUUCAGUGCUAAUAUAGUCACACGCGUCAUUUUUUAAUUUUUAAUUAUUAUUAUUUUGGUUUCGUUUUUUGAGGACAACUUCUAUUUGAAUUCAAGGAGUUCUAUGUGUAUUUUCUAUCUAAGAUGGUAAUUUAAAACCUGUCAUGUUAUGGAAAGGAUAAUGUAUCUAGAAGGUUGAUACCUCCUGCUCUUUGUUCAAUUGCUGAGCAAAGACGUUUCCAAUAAAGACAAUCUGUCUUCAACAAUAUCAA